AUGUUGCUGUUUAUCAUUCUCACCGUCUUCAGCGGUGUAGUUAUAGAUCAUUUACUAAUACAAUCGGAUUUAGGCGCUGCUUAUAUUAACUCCCCCCUCCACAACAGGGUGUUCUCCCUCUCCAAACGAUUCUUCACAAGUAAUACUGCAUUCAAUAAUAGCUACACGAACGGUAAUGGGUACAGUAAUACUACAAACACUACAAACCCACAAUUCACUUAUAAAGCAGUGGUGGCAUAUCAACCAAAGGACAGAAAUGACCAAAUAUAUCAAAAAUUAAAAGAUUCUAUACUUUCACCCACUGGUGAAGAUAAUUAUUUUAUUACAAGUAAUAGUAUAUCGGAUGUAUAUGCAGCUGUGGCCGAUGGUGUCGGUGGUUGGGCAGAGCUUGGUUAUGAUUCAAGUGCUAUUUCAAGAGAAUUGUGCAAUUCCAUGUCAAAAUUCACUUCUACUUUAUCAGGAAGAAAAGAUGGUAUCUCACCAAGAGAUAUCUUGGAUUUUGCAUAUAAUAAGAUAAAAGAAGAAGGUGUAGUGAAAGUCGGAAGCACGACGGCCAUUGUGGCCCACUUCAAAGACAAUGGGCUAUUAGAAGUGGCUAACUUGGGUGAUUCUUGGUGUGGCGUUUUCAGGGACAGUAAGUUAGUCUUCGAAACUAAAUUUCAAACUGUCGGCUUCAAUGCUCCUUACCAACUGUCAAUUAUUCCUGAUUCAAUCUCGAAAGGCCAAAAAUAUAUUCAAAAUACCCCAGCGGAUGCUGACAAUUACAGUUUUCAAUUACAAAAAAAUGACGUUAUACUAUUAGCAACCGAUGGUGUGACUGAUAACAUAGGUACAGAAGAUAUGGAACUAUUUUUGAAGGAUAAUGAAGACCAAAUCUUACAAGAUCUGGAGAGCGUGUCAAAAGACUUCGUUUCCAAAGUUGUUUCAUUGAGUAAAGAUCCCGAAUACCCAAGUGUCUUUGCCCAAGAAUUAUCCAAAUUAACCGGCAAAACUUACGGAGGAGGCAAACAAGAUGAUAUUACUGUUGUUGUAGUUAAGGCUAUGUGA